UUUUUUGAAAUGGAGAUUCCGGUGAUCGAUCUCUCACCAUAUGUGAAUGUGGUGACGGGCACAUUCAGUUGUGACGAAGUUUUGCACCCUGAACUCAAGAAUGUGUGCAAGGAGGUUAGCCGCAUUCUUAGAGAAACCGGUGCGUUGCUUGUUAGAGAUCCAAGAUGUUCGUCUGAAGAUAAUGACCGGUUUAUCGAUAUGAUGGAGAAGUAUUUUGAACAGCCUGAUGAAGUGAAGCGUGUUCAAGAGCGUCCUCACCAACAUUACCAGGUUGGUUCAACACCAGGAGGAGUCGAAAUUCCUCGUAGCAUGGUUGAUCUCGAAAUGCAAAAGAAGCUGAGAGCACUACCCAAAGAUCGUCAGCCAGCGAUUCCAACAACUCCAGAUCUUAAGUCUCGAUAUAUGUGGAGGGUUGGCCCUCGGCCAUCCAACACUCGUUUCAAGGAAUUGAACUCUGAGCCAGUCAUACCUGAAGGCUUCCCGGAAUGGGAAAAGAUCAUGGACUCAUGGGGUUUUAAAAUGAUAAAGACUGUAGAGGCUGUUGCGGAGAUGGCUGCAAUUGGGUUUGACUUACCAAAAGACUCUUUUACUAACUUGAUGAAGCUGGGUCCGCAUCUACUUGCACCAACAGGAAGUGAUUUAGGAAGCCAUGGUGAAGAAGGAACCGUGUUUGCAGGAUAUCAUUACGACAUAAACUUUUUAACAAUUCACUACAAAAGCAAAUUUCCCGGGUUAAGUAUCUGGCUGAGGAAUGGGGAGAAAGUUGAAGUGAAAGUUCCUGAAAAAUGUCUCCUUAUUCAGGCUGGAAAACAGUUAGAAUGGAUGACUGCUGGUGACUGUAAGGCUGGUAUGCAUGAAGUUGUGGUAACUCCUAGUACACUCAAAGCAAUUCAAGCAGCAAAACAAGAAAACCGAAGCCUUUGGAGGGUAUCAUCCACACUAUUUUCAAAUGUGGCAUCAGAUGCUAUUCUAAAGCCUUUAGGCCACUUCGCGAAAUCGCCUCUUGCUGAUAGUUAUCCGCCCAUGUAUGCUGGAGAUUAUUUUGAAAAAGAGCUUUCAGAGAUUAAGCUUAAAGGACAGAACGAGGUGCAUUAGGACGCGUUGCAGUGAAGUAAAGUAGGCCUAUCCGUCGUCCGUUGUGCUUGACGAUUCCGUGACGACCUUAUAAGAAAUUGAUCAAGAUGAUUUAUGUUUGGUUUGUACGUUUUGUGUGUUUUAAGUUGGAUAAAUUGUUAUGUGUGUGUGUACCU